CUCGUACACACACUGCCGUUGUCGUCAAUGGCGUCUCUCUCCCUCCUCUCUCUAUAUAGUACAACACUCGACCCAAUGGUGUCUGAUCUGUCUGCCUCAGCUCCUCUAUCUAUACUGCUUGCGCAAUGAAGGACAGAACCGGCGCCGGCGCCGGCGGUGGGUCUAGCCAUGGCGUGAUGGAUGGGUCAGAUAUAAUGGAGUUAGUCGAGAAUGAGAAAGUCUUCACCAACUUCGUGGAUCAUAAGUUUCAGGAACUGGACACCGACUGCGACGGCAAGCUUUCCGUCCAAGACCUGCACCCUGCCGUCAAAGACAUCGGCGCCGCCCUCGGCUUGCCGGCGCAGCCUCAAUCCGACCAUAUCUAUUCCGAGGUUCUCAGCGAAUUUAGACACGGGAAGCAAGAGGAAAUAAGCAAGACGGAGUUUAAGGAGGUGCUGUCGGAUUUCCUCAUCGGCAUGGCCGCCGGUCUGAAACGCGAUCCUGUUGUGAUUCUCCGAAUCGACGGUGAGGAUCUGCUCGAGUUCGUCACAGGCCCCAAAUUCGAAAAGGAAAUUAUUCCCAUGUAUUCGGACAUCAUUAACGAAUCCCCUCAAGGAUCGUUAAAAGAGCAUCUCGUCAAGGCUUUUGAGAAACUCACAGUCGACCAUGGAAUGCCUCCUGCUACUGAUCCUUGGGUGAUGGCGAACAUUCUGGAACCUGCACUGGAAACCGCCGGGGUUUGUCAUGAUUCGCAACCUUCACUGGAAAAAUUUCUGUCCGAGUUUAGGACAAGUGCAGAGAAUGUCGUGCAGCUUCUCAAGGAACAACCGGCGAUCGUUGCGCACAGUCGGAAUAUUUUCGACGGGAGCGGCGUGAGGAGAUUACUCGCCAAUGAAUUCGAGCUCAACAAGUCACUGGAUUAUGCUGCAAAAAUUGUCCCCCGAGAUCUCAAUGGGAUGAUAUCAAUGGAAUAUUUGCGCACCGCGCUUGAUUCCUUGGCCGCCGCCGGGUUUCCCUCCGUCGGCGCUGCUGAUAAGAUGGAUCGAAUUAUGGGCGAUGCUCUGAAAAUGUGCGAUGCUGGAAAUGAGAAACGAGUGUCAGAAUUAGAGUUCAAGAAGAUUUUGACACAAAUCCUGGGAAGCAUAGUGCUGCAAUUGGAAGGCAGCCCUGUUUCCGUGUCCGUCAAUUCCGUCGUGCACGAGCAGCUCUCGCCGGCGUCCACGCUCCUACAGCAACAAUCUUCACCGUAGCUAUUGAUAUAUAUUAACGAAUGUAGUAGGAGUAUUAAUUAUAUUUGUUGAUUAAUUAAGGCAUGUGUAAUCUUUCUCUAGAUAUUUGAUGCAAAAAUUAAAAUUAAAAUGCAAAUGCUUAGUGAAUUUAUUGCGUUACAUAGGAGUACUGAAAAUGGGAAAAAAAACAAACACACCCUUGCAAAUUGGGCACGGUGCAUUUAAUUUUAAUGACUUCUAAA